GAAACGAUGGUGAGCUUUAGCCAUUGGUAGAGUGGUAAGGUCUGAGCACAGGCUGUGCCUUGUGUGGGGAAGACGAGCAGAACUGCAAGGAGUGGCAGGGAGGAGAGAGAGGGAGAGAGGAAGAGAGAGAGACAGAGAGAGAGAGAGGGAGAGGAAGAGAGAGGGACAGAGAGAGAGGGAGAGAGGAAGAGAGAGAGACGUGGGGGAAGGGAGAGCAAGAGCAUCUUUUGCCUGAAUCCUUUACAAGCAUCCACCCCACAGUAGACGCUACACAGGUGAAACAACAUGGACCGUCUCAACACCACCUCUCUCCCGUGGCUCCCUGACGCCGCCCCGCUGUCCCAGGUCUCCCUGCAGGUUCAGGAGGUGUACCCGUUCCACGACGGCUGGAACAUAGCGUGCUUCGUCAUCCUCCUCCUCUUCAUCAUCACAGUAGUCUCCCUGGCAGCUCUGGCCUUCCUCUACGAGCUGCUGGACUGUGGCUGCUGUGUCAAGGGGAAGACCCACCGUGACCUGAUGGAGGAGGAAGGUCCCUUCCACAACAUGGUGGAGAAGAUCCACAGUCCCACGGGGUCACAAACCGAGGUGGUGUAAGGGGGUUAUUAAAGGGGUCGUUGCCACAGUGACCAGGGCCAAGCAGGAAGUUAGGUCAUGAUCGUUGACCCUGAAUCUGAACCCGAGACUAACUGUGCGCUCACAGUUUUGAGAACAGUGAGACUGCACCUUCGUAUGUGUGAGAUUGUGUGUGUGUGUGUGUCCCUGCUCCCGUGUGUGUGUGUCCCUGCUCCCGUGUGUGUGUGUGUGAGAUUGUGUGUGUGUGUGUGUGUGUGUGUAACGGUGGUGUAAUCUAAUCGAAGCACGUCAGCAGGGAAGGCAGGAGAGAAGAAGAGCUCUCCUUUGCCAAGUCCAGAGUUUAACAAGUCUAUUAUUUGACGGCUGUUUAGCAUCUUCAUCCAUCACCACAUUGUAAGUACAAGACAAACCAUUCGAGACAGCUAAAGACACAGAGGAGAUCCACAAUGACAGCCAACCCUCUAGGACCCUACAGAGCAAGGAAGUCCCCCAAAGUCAACGACCAAGAUGCACCAAGAUGACCAAGAUGACCAAGAUGCACCAAGAUGACCAAGAUGAUCAAGAUGACCAAGAAGAUGCACCAAGAUGACCAAGAUAUUAAAUUAACUGUCGUAAUGUUUCCAGAUUUCUAUUAAAGUUUUCCUUCCCCCCCCAAAAAUAGUAAUUAUGUUAAAAAGCAGCUUUUGUGUGUUGGAAUGGUGUGGGCAUGUACUGGUUAUUAAAUAUAUGAAUGGAGCAGACCGCUGAUUGGACCAUCUCAUCCUGCUCACGAUGAUGACCUCAUCCUCUUUGAGGAAAUAACAAGCAUUUUUAAAAUGAUAUGUUUGAGAUCCAAGUUUGAGGUGGGGUUUUUUAAAGUGUUUUUUUCCCCCUCCAAUUUAUGAUUUGACCACAAAUACGAGUAUGGGAUUAAUCAAAAACAUUGAGUUAAUUAAACUAACUUUUAAAGUUAAUAUUCUGUUAUCACUAAACAUUUACUUUAAAAUGUCAACAAAAGACCCAGCUACCACAGAAGACGUCCCACAUUUUAAUGUAAUUUACAGAUGGUUUUAAUUCCCUAAUGCUUCGACUGCCAUUGUCGUGAAGUCCUCAUCCAUUGGACAAAAAACUGUUCACAACUUGCUGUGUCGUAAUGAUGUAAUCAACAUGUUGCCUGUGAUGAUGUCACCACUCACCAACAUAUUUAAACCACAGCCAAGUGGCCAUGAUACUACUCUCUCUAGAAGGGGGGAGGGGCACCUGUACACACAUGUAAAUAAAAUAACCUACUUGCAUUGAGCACAAGGUAUUAUUUCACUUGCCUAAAAUGAUGAUGAUGAUGAUGAUGAUGAUGAUGAUGAUGAUGAUGAUGAUGAAUAAACAAUUAUCAUGUAAGAAAAACAAACUGUCUCAUUUCAGAAGUACUGACAGAUGUUGAUAUUUAAAAAAAUGUACAACGAGUGUUUGUGGUCAACGAAAAACACAAACCAAAAAAAACGUAAAACCUGUUUGUAGAAAAUAAUUCUCAUUGUAGAAUGUAGAAGCAAGCAGGUACCCAGGCUACAGAUGUGACACACAACCAGCAGUAUAAUAGAUUUCAAGACUAGGGUCGUAUUAAAUCGGGGCACACCGUAGCAAAAAAUAUUUUUACAGCUAAGUUUAGGUAAUCCCUCCCCUGUUUCAGUCAGAUUUGUUCCAUCUGGUGCCGAAUGAACACAAGGUAUUAUUUCACUUGCCUAAAAUAAUGAUGAUGAUGAUGAUGAUGAUGAAUAAACAAUUAUCAUGUAAGAAAAACAAA